AGAAGCUUCUUAUCGAAGUAAAAAACCAGGUCCACGCCCGACAGCAUGUAUUUGGUGUGGAUCAACGGAGUGUACGCAUUGUCGCUGCAGCGGUCAGAUUGGGUGCAACCACAAAAAAGGAGAGAUGUGCCAGAACGCCAGAUACAAGCGCAGACUCGUUUGUAAUUCGUGUGAGAAGAACAAACUCCGCGAGAAGCGGCAGAAUAGCAUAUCGAGUACGGCAAAGAAAAAGAAAGCGAGAGCAACAUCGAAAAGUACAAAGAAGCGCGAGUUAUCAAAAGCUGUCAAUAAUUCGAAGCAAACAACAACCACCGACUCACCUGAGAAGAAAGAAAUUGCCCCGGUGCAGUCAGUUGUCCCGACGACGUAUAACAUCCGGAUUACUCUAAGUAAUACAGGAGAAGUGAUCGGCGUGCUUCCAAUUGAAAAGUUGGACAUCCCGUUGGCCAACAUUCGUUUCAGCGUUGACUGGUAUUUAUCUUCCCACUUCCGGGGAAGCACAUUUUAUUUUGUGAAGGAUAAAUCCCUGGUCACUUUAGAGACUGAGUCUCAUCUGUCCGUAGCUCAAAUCUGUAUCAGUCAAAACAACAUCUACUCUAUCUACAUCCACCGUGUCGAUAACCAAACCUUCCCCUCUCUCUCCACAUUCCCCUACCAUCCCUCCUACCAGUCCAUGUCUGUGCUCUCUCAGCCUCGUCCAUCGUCGACGUUCAUCCCCACACAGAGCUCCUCUUUCUCAAACGAGGCCAUGAACUAUUUCAACGAGCCUCCUUCGCUCAACGAGCCGCCUCUCCAGCGCAUCCUCCGCGAAGCCAAAGCGUCGGGGAAGAUUGACGAGAUUGUCAAUCAGACAAUGACGACAAUCCCGGACUUUGGAAUGGACGACGCGCCGCGCGAGAUGGUGUCUCGCAAUAGCUCUUUUUUCCCGUUUGGAAGCUGGGAAAAUAUGUACUCGGGGAAUGGAAGCAUGCUUUUCUCGAUGUCGAGACCGGGGUCGAUCGUGAUAAACCCGGCGGGAAGCAAUCUGUCGAUGGACUUUAAGGAUUCAAAUUUUGCAUAUGAAGAUAUUUUGACCAAGUUAAGGGAGAGAGAAUAUGAUGAUACAGACAAAGGGGCUCCUUCUGUGUAA